UAGAGGAUAAAGAUAUAUAGAGGGAGAGGAGAGGAGGAAAAAAAGGAAUAUAAAUCGAGAUGCGAUCUUACCGUAAAAAACGGUUAUUCAUAGAUUAGUUCAUCAGCCGGCCUGGCCUGCUCUUAUAGUCGACACGGUCUCACCAUCACUAAUUAGCACACUACUCAAAACCCAAAGCUCCAAAUCCAGAAAUUUCCAGCACAGCAAUGGAUCCAAACCCUACAAAUUUCCCAAUUCUCUCUUACGUCAUGUCAAAACUCCCCAGUAUCGGCCCUAAACGCGCUGCCGCUAAUGAAUUCGACAUCGAACAACCCAAAUCCCCACCUCAACCUCCACCCGAACCUCACUUCGACAUCACCGAACGUAUGCCUCAUCUAACCGACCCUAAAGUCAUCACCGCUAUGCGUUUAGCCGUUGCUGACGUGUCACAAACACGUUCCAUGCUCAAAACCCUAGGCGAGCGUCCAUAUCACGAGCUUGUCGAUACUGCGAAGUUGAAACUAGCUGAAAUCGAAGCCGAAUUGGCGAAGCGUAUCGAGGAGAUUGUGCUGUCGCCACGUGUACCUGAGAUGGAGAGGGAGGACUGGAGAUCGGAGUUGGCUGUUAAGGAAAACGAGUUGCGAAAGGCGUAUGAAAAGGAGAAAGAGGAGUAUAAGGCGUUGAUCGCGUUGGAUGAGUUGCACGAGGCGUAUGAGAAGAUGUUGAAGGAUGCUGAGCAAAGGCUUGAGAAGAUUUAUGAGACGGCUGUUGCUGGUGGUGACGUGGAAGCAAUUGAACAGGGUUCUGAUGAGAAGAGUGAACUAAAAGAGGAACUGAAUGAGGAAGUGAUUGCAAUUUUGCAAGAGGCGUUAGGGAAGAUUGUGGAAAGGGUUGAUUUGUCAGGUAGGCAGCUUAGGAUGCUGCCUGAAGCUUUUGGGAAGAUUCACUCGUUAAUCGUGCUUAAUUUGUCGAACAACCAACUUACGGUGAUUCCUGACUCAAUUGCGAGCUUGGAAAGUCUCGAGGAGCUUCAUCUGUCUUCUAAUCUUUUGGAAUCGCUGCCAGACUCCAUUGGUCUGUUGUUUAGUUUGAAGAUCUUAGAUGUCUCUGGAAACAAGCUUGUUACUUUGCCGGACAGCAUUUGUCAUUGCAGGUCAUUAGUGGAGUUGGAUGCAAGCUUCAACAAACUUUCUUAUUUGCCAACAAAUAUUGGGUAUGAACUGGUAAAUCUGAGAAGGCUUUCACUUUCUUUUAACAAGCUCCGUUCCUUACCCACUUCCGUUGGUGAGAUGAAGUCCCUGCGCCUUUUGGAUGUGCACUUUAAUGAAUUACAUGGGCUUCCACUUUCAUUUGGGAAAUUGACAAAUCUUGAGAUCGUCAACCUGAGCAACAAUUUCAGUGACUUGACUGAGCUUCCUGACACAAUUGGUGACUUGAUAAAUCUAAAGGAACUUGAUCUGAGCAACAACCAGAUCCAUGAACUGCCUGAUACAAUUAGCCGGCUUGACAACCUGGCUGUGCUUAAGUUGGACGAAAACCCUCUUGUGAUACCUCCGAAGGAAGUCGUAGUUGAAGGUGUUGAAGCCGUGAAGGCUUAUAUGAUUAAGCGGCGGCUUGACAUACUGUUGGCAGAAGAACCACAAGUUAUGCUUGGAGAGAUGGGGCAGACACCGACAGGCUUGGUAACUCGAAGUACCUCCUGGUUGAGUGGUGCUGUUUCAAAUGUUUUUGGAACUGUUGCAGGGUAUUUGGGUGGUGGAGGGAAGUCAGAUGCAGAUCAUUAUCUCAACCAGCAGUUAUGAUUUAUGAAGCUAAUGAGGACCUUCUUUAAGCUUUUGCACUCGUCUAUAUUAUUUUCAGUUCAAGGUUUUCGUGCUUUUCCAAUGAAGUUUGAAGGAAUAUGGCUGAUAUCGAACCAGCUACACUUUUCCCCUUCCUCAGCAUGUUCUUUUUCCCAGUUUGAUGUGUGAAGAGAAGUAAGGUUGCCGGUGUUUUGCAGUCUUCUUUCUGAGGAUGUUUAGAAAUUGUGACUUGUUAAAAAGAAUAUUUAUAUGUUACAAUAAUACAAACAAGUCUGAUUUGCUCUAAA